UCCAACCUUCAAACUACACAAAAUAUGGCGUUUAAGAUCCUAUUUGCCUUCUCCCUUUUGCUUCUUUCCUUGGUUAACAUCUCUCUUGGCGCAGAUAUCGUGAUAUACUGGGGCCAAAAUGGGAACGAGGGCACCCUGCGCGACACCUGCGCGACCAACAACUACAACAUCGUAAACUUAGCUUUCCUAACAACGUUCGGCAAUGGCCAGACUCCGGUCCUAAACCUUGCCGGUCAUUGCAACCCUGCCGCUAAUCAGUGUACUGGCCUGAGCGACGAGAUCAGAGCCUGUCAGAGCCAGGGCAUCAAAGUCUUGCUUUCCCUUGGUGGUGGCGUCGGAAGCUAUUCCCUUUCCUCGGCAGAUGAUGCCAAGAAUGUGGCACAAUAUCUGUGGGACAAUUAUCUUGGAGGGCAAUCAGGGUCAAGGCCACUAGGGGAUGCAGUCCUAGACGGAGUCGACUUUGAUAUAGAGACCGGCGGGGGCCAAUUCUACGACGAACUGGCCAAGGCAUUAAAAGCGUUUGGAUCAAACGUUGUAUUGUCAGCAGCGCCGCAAUGUCCAUUCCCCGACCAAAGUCUACAAACCGCGAUAAACACCGGCCGUUUCGACUACGUUUGGGUGCAAUUCUACAACAAUCCUCCCUGCCAGUACUCUGGGGACGCCGCCAAUCUUUUGAACUCGUGGAACAAUAACUGGUCAAGCAUUCCCGCCGGAAAAGUAUUGUUGGGAUUGCCGGCCUCUCAGCAAGCAGCCGGAAGUGGGUUCAUUCCGGCCGAUGUGCUUACUUCUCAGAUUCUCCCGGCGAUCAAGGGCUCACCCAAAUACGGAGGCGUAAUGCUGUGGUCUAAAUUCUAUGACAAUGGCUACAGCUCAAGUAUUAAGUCUGCGGUUUAAUUUGAUCUAUCGAUCAAAACUAUACUACUUCAUAGAUCAUAUAAUAAAUGUUUCUAUAUGUACCUACUUAUGAUCUGAUGCAUUCAUGAGAUCAGAACCGUACUACUUCAUAAAUCAUAAUAAAUAAUGUUUGUCCUCUUGAUCCUGA